CAUGGCUGAGGUAAGACGAAAUAUUUUAACAUGCUCACAAAAGCAACAAAGUGAACAGUUGUUAGUAUCUUCACUCUAAAAUUCCAUAUCUGGGAAAGCCUGCCAUCCAUUAAAGACAUUUUAAGCCUAUUAAAUCUGGCAAUAGCUAUUAAAGGAAUGCUGUCAUGAACUAGGCUUUAGUGGUUCGUGUUGGGGUGCAAUCUGUAUUUAUGGCUGACAUUAAUAUUCUUAACAUGCAGGGUAUUAAUUUGUUAAUUGAUUAUUUGUAUGUUAAAGAAAACAAGGUAUAAGAUGGGAAAAGGUCAGUAAAAAUAGUCUUUUUUCUUUUAAAAGAUGGUCUUGCUUUGUUUUCUGUAGCCUGGCUGGCCUCAGAUUCACUACGUAGCCCAAGCUGGACUCCAACUAAUAGUCCUCCACCUCAUCUUCAUUGAUGCUAGUAUUAUAGGCAUGUAUCACUCUACCUCGUUGUAAGUACUCUUAGGAGUUUUCAUUUGGAAGAAGAAGGCAAGGUAUACCUUGCCUGUGUAAAGUACAGGGGUCUGUUAAGUGGGGUAGUAAUCCCAGACAUGUCUACUGUCAGUGGUUUUAGAAAGAGUAUUGCUCUUACAGCAUCGUAUGUCCCAUAAAUGGUGUCUUUGAUUUACACUGGGCACACUGUGGAACACAGCAUGCCUUCAGUUUCCUCUCUGACACACACCCAGAGAUGCUUGGAGUUCAGUCAUGUGUAAUCUGCCCAUAGCUGGCCAAAGGGCCAAUGGGAUUUAGGGUAGACUGGGCUUUUUGUUCUCUAGACAGAGUGAGACUUACAGAUUUAGGAAUGUAUUUAGGUUCCAUGCAGUAGCUCUCUCUUUAUCAGUCAUUCUAAAGCUUUGUGGUAAUUUAAAACUAGUGACCUGUUUACCUUCAUGGUAAGUUCUUGCCUCAGGCCAGCCUUGAACCUCACAAGGUGAUGCUCAUCCCUCUGUAUACAAGUGACUUAAGAUGGCUUUCAGGUCGCACUUCUUGUAGUACAGCUUUUGAGCCCUUCCACCUGCUGGUGGUGGCCCUUCUGUUCUGUGCAGCCCAAAGGUCAUCCCGGAGUGUUGGGUACACUUGUUGAAACCAGCAAACAGCAUGUCCUCUCUGCACAUGGGCGCUUCACUUUGUCACCAUGAUAAGGCUAACAAACUUUACUAUGUAUUUGUGCUUCUUGACAGAUAAGAUGAGAAUUACUAAGCUGUAAUCAGGCCUACAGUGGUCUGACUUAAUACAGAGACUUUCUCACUUCUCCAUCCCAAUUAUUUGCGUAGCUUCGGCAUGCAGCAUUCUUUGCAGUUCCUGACCCCUUAAUGCCUGAUCCAUCCAAACAGCCAAAGAACCAGCUGAAUCCAAUUGGCUCAUUACAGGAAUUGGCUAUUCAUCAUGGCUGGCGACUUCCUGAAUAUACCCUUUCCCAGGAAGGAGGACCUGCUCAUAAGAGAGAGUAUACCACAAUUUGCAGGCUAGAAUCAUUCAUGGAAACUGGAAAGGGAGCAUCCAAAAAACAAGCCAAGAGAAAUGCAGCUGAGAAAUUUCUCGCCAAAUUUAGUAACAUUUCUCCAGAGAACCACAUUUCUCUAACAAAUGUGGUUGGACAUUCUCUAGGAUGUACUUGGCAUUCAUUGAGGAAUUCCCCUGGUGAAAAGAUCAACUUACUGAAAAGAAGCCUCCUCAGUCUCCCGAACACAGACUAUAUCCAGCUGCUUAGCGAGAUUGCCAAGGAACAAGGUUUUACCAUAACCUAUUUGGAUAUAGAGGAACUGAGUGCCAAUGGACAGUAUCAGUGUCUCGCAGAACUGUCCACCAGUCCUAUCACCGUGUGUCAUGGCUCGGGCAUCUCCUGUGGCAAUGCACAGAGUGACGCUGCUCACAAUGCUCUGCAGUAUUUAAAGAUAAUCGCAGAAAGAAAGUAGGCUCGGGGCCGCUUAGGAGACCUUUCGGCAGCGCAAAACUUCCCCUCGCACCUCUUCCCCAGUAAAACACGUACUGUAAUGUAUGUCUGCGCGUCCUUUCCAAAUCUCUUCAGGUUCCGUCGACUUUCCAGAUUUAAUUGUCUCCUGGUAGUUGUUAUUAAGCUCUUUUUAAUGGCUUCCACUUUGUAUUGGCAUAUUGUAUUUAUAAACUUUGUACCACAAGGGUGAGUGUGGCACCCGUUUUACAGGGUCAGGCACGUAGGAUGAAGCUGACGACGAAGAGAUAAAAGUACUGCUAGCAACAGUCUUACUGGUGCUUACACUCUCUUUUGCGCAAGGCUUUGUGAAGCGAAUUCUGCGUUAGACUAGAGUGUUGAGGGUUGUGUUGAAUGUCAUUGCGAAAUUUCAGGGAACAUGGUUGGUCUGCUAUGUAUUUGAACCAUGGAAUAAAGAGCUGUUCUUAUAA